GGGCGGGGCUUGGGGGACGCGGGGCAGCGGGCGGGGUUCGUCCGCUGCGGGUGGCGCGUCCCGGGCGGCGGGGCGCGGCUCGGCACUGCUCUGCUCUGCAUUGCACGGCCCUGCACGGCCCGGCCCGGCCAGGCUCAGCACCGCACUGCACGCCCUGCUCAGCUCCGCACGGCCCUGCUCAGCUCAGCCCAGUCCUGCCCUGCCCUGCCCAGCCCAGCCCAGCCCAGCCCAGCCCACCCGGGCUUCCACCUGCUUCCCCUUCCGCGCUUUCGCAGCUCGGACCUCCGAGCCCCAGCCUGCCCUUGUGCUGCGAUCACACCUCAGAGCUCCCCGCAGUAAACGGUCUGAAAUAAAUGCUUUAAAAUAAUAAUGCCUUUCAGCCUCAGAGCUGGUAGGAUGGAAGCCAAAGUUUCCACAAGCACGCCGUCCCCCAGCUGUGGCUCCCCGAGCUGUGCCCUUUAGGUGGCCGGGACAGCGCCGUGUCCCUGGGCCUGAGCCAUGCAGCUGCAGGGGCACCGGGAGCAGCCUGCGGCGCUCAGAUGUCACCACUCAGCUGUCACCACUCAGCUGUCACUGCCGAGCUGUCACCGUGCCCUGACACGCACAGCCAAGGCUUGAAGCCGUUUCUGCUCAGUGAGCUGAGCACCUCACCCUCUUUCCUCUUUCCAGGUGAGCUGAAGGCGAGCUGUAAAUGAUGGCCAUGGCACUGAGAUGCUUUCGGCACCUGCACUCCCUGCUGUAUUGUUCCCCGUUGGUCAUGAUUAGGAGGCUGCCACAGGCUGCUGCAGGCUGCCCGGCCCCGCUGCUGGAGGGCUACAGGCAGUGUGUCCGCCAGGUGAUGCUGACCCAGCAGCUGGCCACCAAAAAAGCUAAAGGUAAAGGGCAGACCCAAGCCAAAGUGAAUAUCAAUGCUGCCUUAGUUGAAGAUAUUAUCAAUUUGGAGGAAACCAAUGAAGACAUGCAGGCAGUGGUAGAAGCUCUGAAAGAAGAUUUCAACAGAAAUGUCAGCGUUAGAACCUCGCCAGGGGCCCUCGAUCACAUAAUUGUCGUGACGAAAGAUGGGAAGUUUCCGCUGAACCAGCUUGGGCAAAUCUCACUGAAGUCACCUCAGCUCAUCAUAGUGAACAUGACCAAUUUUCCAGAGAGCACAGCUGCAGCUAUGAAGGCUAUAAGGGAGAGCGGAAUGAACCUGAACCCGGAAGUGGAUGGGACGCUAAUUCGGGUGCCAAUUCCGAAGGUCACCAGAGAGCACAGGGAGAGCCUGGCCAAGCUUGCCAAACAGUCCACCAACAAAUCCAAAGACGCCUUGAGAAAGGUGCGAAGCAAAAGCAUGAACCAGGUAAAGAAGUUCAAGAGCAAAGUGUCUGAAGAUACCAUCUGGCUGCUAGAAAAGCAGAUCCAGCAAAUGGCAGACAACGCUGCAGCAGAGAUGGACAAACUGCUGGCAGCAAAAACCAAGGAGCUGCUUGGAUAAGUGUCAUCCGUAUCGACAUACUCUCCCCCCACAAGCAAGAACAGACUGCCACAUACCCCACUGGCCAUCCCUGCCUGGAGUCAGGCAGACUCAGGUGAUGGGCAGGGACGGCUCUCCCAGACCUCCAGAGCAGAUCUGGGUUUUGGGAUCCCUUGGCCGCUGGGAUUCCUGAACCUGGACUGUGCUGAAGGGAAGGGGGAAACUCUCCUUGCUGUUCUUCAUUCAGGCAUCAGCUGAAUUGGGUGAAGUAAGAUUAAAAAUAAAAUAAUACUGAGGAGGACUGGAGGCUGUUAGAAGGAUUCCCACAGCAGAAGCUGAGACCCAGGAGGUAAGACUGCCCUCUGCUUCAGGCAUCGAUUCAGCAGGAGUGGGUGAAGCUCACACCACCAGACAUGUCACCUCCUUGCUGCCCUGUUUCCUGCACGCCCUACCCUCUGCAGGGCUGUGGAAUCGCCUUGCACCCCAGCCUGCUUUUGUUUCUAGCAGCAGUCAGCCUAGGGCUGGUGGAAGCAAGCACCACAUGCAGGAGGAACUUGACACUCUCCUGUUGUGACCCUUGUCAUUUAUUCUUGCUUAAAAUAAAGCAAAAGUGAGUUCACCCCUCCCAGAGGAGCAGCUGAGUCAGCACAGCUACCUAUGGCCUGGCCACCGGCUGCUCCUGGAGGGUACAUGGCAGCUCAGCACCACCUGCUACCCACCAGCCAGCGGGAACCGUGGCUUUACAGUUCCCUAGGAUUCAUAGGUAGAGAAUUGAAAUUAAUACUGUGAGCGUGGCUGUUUUUGCCAGGAGUAAGACAACCGAAAGUCAGCACAGGAUCUACAAAGCCAACAUCUUCCCACAUGCAUUGCUUGUACCACGUUCCAAGGGUUAGAGGAGGUAGAAUCAUAACAUGGUCCUGAGCACAUACUAUAACCCUUAGUUACCAGCAGGUACUUUCCAACAGCAGCAAGCAGCCCCAGGCAAUGGCAAGAGGGAGGGAAGGUGGUGGCCAGCACCACAGCCCCACUCCCAAAGCAUUUGGGUUCAAAGAGCACCAAGCCUCUGCAGUCCUUAAAUAAACAACUCCCAAAAAGUUAGUUUGUGCACAGUGGGAAGGGGAGGAGGAUGAAGGAUUUGCUCUGCUAGGGCCCCACAUGUCAACAAUUCUCUGCUUUGUGUAUUUUGGCCAAAGCACUUACCAUGAUAAUGAAUAAAGGAAAAUGGCGAGCCCA